AAGUGUACGCGCAUGGAUAUGCAUGCAUGCUAAAGCGAUAGCAGUGUUGAUUUUGCUACUCAUCAAGGAAACGAGCUACAUUUUACCCGUUAAUUUCGUGAUUAAGUUGAAAGCAUGUACGGUCAUCAUGGAUGUGGUGGUAAUUUGGCAAGACAGGAGAACAGGGCUUUAAAGCGAGAAGCUAAAGCUGAAGUGCAUGAGGCUCGUCUGCAUAACAAGGCCAUGAACCAAGCCCUUCAUGGUAACUAUGGAAGGGCUGCAAAUCUUGAGAUGAAAGCCAAUUCUGCCCACCACAAAGCAGAGCAUGAACGGUUUAGAGCGGACGCCCUCCACCAUGCUAGAGGUCAUCAACACCACCACCCUGCCCCUCACUGUCACCCUACUCCACACUAUCCUCAUCAUUCACCAAGCACCGUGGUUGUACACAAUGUACAUCAUCAUGUUCCUGCCACUCCUCCAUUGCACUAUCCGACUGGUACUGUAGCUCCGCCUCCAACUGGACCCCCGCCUGCUUAUCAGGCUGUAGCUACUGGAUACCCAGCAGCACCCGCAGGUUAUCACCCUGCACCUUCUGGAUACCCAGCCGCACCCAGUGGAUACCCAGCCGCACCCAGUGGAUACCCAGCAGCACCCACUGGUUACCCAGCAGCACCCACUGGUUACCCAGCAGCAUCUACUGGCUACCCAGCAGCAUCUACUGGCUACCCAGCAGCAUCUACUGGCUACCCAGCAGCACCCACUGGUUACCCUACUGCUUCACCAUAUGCAGCACAAGGACCUACUUACCCCAACCCUUACAAGUAAACCCUUGAACAGGCGACGUGGAAGGUAUAGUGUUCAUUCUGAUGAGUACCUUCAGUCCAAACAUCUGUGAAAGUUAAAGAUACCUGGGCCCAAUUUCAUGGCUCUGCUUACCACCAAAUUCUGCGCUCGCCAUUCUCACCAUUCUCCGCUUACUGUGCAAGCGCCAAAUUUCUGCACUAGCUGUGUAAGCGAAGAAUGCCUAGCUGUGUAAAGCGAAGAGUACCAGCAAACAUUCCCUGCUAACCUGAGAAAAUGCUUGACAAAAGCACAAAUUUCCCUGCCUCAAAAAGCUCUGGUUCUAAGCUUACUGAAAGCAGAGCCCUGAAAUUGGCCCUGGUCUUGUCAAGCCUGGUUCAUACUUCCGGCGAAUAUGAAUGCAAAGCAAGUUUGACGUGAAUUUGACGUCAGAACUAUCCUUUCGCAGGAUGGUUGAGCGGAGUUGAACAGCUGCGAAAAUUCGUUGCGAAUUUCGUAACAUCAACAUUCGCUUCGAUUCGCAUUCGCAGGAAGUAUGAACCGGGCUUUAAUCACUUAUUCAAGCUGACCCAAAAAAAAAACCCAACACACCUUGGUAAUAAAACAACUCAAAGUAUACCUUGCCUGAUAUUGGGGCAGAGGGUCCCUCCCCCCAAUGUUCCAAUACCUUAACUCACUACUUUCCUAUAAAGAAUUCCUGAUAGUCCAAGCACGCCAUGAAGACACAAUAAUGAGGGGGGGGGGGAAGGUUAUACCACCAUGCCUCAAAAGAGCUUUUCCUGUUUUUGUUAAGCAACUCAAAUCAUUCUUUUAUAUUAUAUUUGUUAGCAUGGUUGAUACAUACUGGAAGGUCUAAUAUGUUUGUAUUAUUGUUUAUUUCAAGAUUAUAAACCAAGUUCAUCCUCGGUCUGUCACACAACCAAAAACCCUAUUGUUAAAAUUUCUCAAAGUCAAUGGGUAAAAACACUCACACACUUUUAGAGGCCGACAACCAAAUAUUGUUACUCAAUACAUUCUUACUACACAGUUACAACAAAUUUAAUGAUUAAAUAUCAUGUUCUACUUCACAGACCUGGAAUUACACGUCUGCCACGGAGACCAUGGCCUCCAUUGCCCCAGGUCUCUGCCUUGGUGUCCCUUCAAAAG